UAACCAUAGACACAACAGAAAGAUAGCAGAAACAACGGUUACAACGGUUGUCAGGGCACUUUGUUGCUAGGGGAAAUUGUAAAGGGGAGGAAAGCAGAGGUUGGCCUUGCUUAAUGAGUCAAUCCGGAAGUAGAGUAUACAAUUCGGUGUUGGUGUUAAAUUAAGUAUACGGUCAAGAGCCAGUGAAACAGACACUGGCUUGGACGGAAUUGGUAGGAGAGCGGUGGUGAAGAGGACGAUGCUUAUCGCAAAUUCAUCUUGGUGAAUAAUUUUGUUUAUAUAAAAAAAAUUAACACAUCUAGCUAAAUGGCGGAUCCUAGGUCGUGAGGGGUGAGAGGGGAAAAUGGGAACUGGACAUGCAGUGAGGUACUGACACCGGUGGGCAAAACGGAGAGGAAGAAAAGUGAGAGUGGAGACUAUUCGUCGACAUCAAAGCGGGCUUUCCAGAAAGCAAGCAACACGUCCUACAGGGGAAAUGACAAAAGGGUGAUGGCCGAGGGAUAACCCCAAGGACUCUCAGCCCCUCCACCUCAACGUGACCCUGGUUCUCCCUUUUUAUCUUAUCCAAACACCCCUCUCCCCGUUUAUCCAAACACCCCUCUCCCCGUUUAUCCAAACACCCCUCUCCCCGUUUAUCCAAACACCCCUCUCCCCGUUUUUUAGACUUUCCUUUUUUUCUCAGUUUCCCCUCGCCCCAACUCGCUCUCCUGCUCCACUAUUUCAUGGAGGACAGCCAAGCCGAUAACAACACACAGUUAGGUUACGCACGUCUCCACAGUCGGGUUACAUGCGUCUCCAUCUAUGUCUCCGCAAUAAAGGUUCUGGAUCAUUCUCUUGUCAUGUUAUCGAUCACGCAAAAUUAUUGGAUGAGUAGUAAGGAUCAUGUGAUUGGACCUCUGUUCUCUCCACCCCUAUUGGACAACGUCUUUUCAUUCUCAUCUUUUUGAUUGGACCCUAUUGGCUGUUUGUCACUUCAACACUGUCCCCCCCUCAGCUGUAGUCUUUACCUCACUGUAGUCCAUCCUCUGAUGUCAUUGGGCCAUGGUUCGCAAGAGAGGUUCCCUUAUCUUGUGUGGAGCUUUCCUAUUCGUCGCCUGCAAUGGCUUGCUUCUCCUUUUCCUUUGGGGACGGACUCCCAUUGGUCGCUUUGGGGAAGGGGGAGGGGCUGAACCAGGGGGGCGGGAAGAGUGGGGCGUGGCCAGAAUAAAAGGGGGUGGGACUAAUCUGGCUGGCGAGGUGAUCCGAUUGGCCGAAGAGGUAGAAUUGGAACUCAAGACCCAGAAGGAACUUCUGAAGCAGAUCCAGAGUCACAGGUCACUAUGGGAAAAGAGGAAAGAGAUGGGAAAAAGAGAGACGGAUGGAGGGAAAAUAGAAGAGAAAGGGCAACACAAACUGUCGCCACGGUUACCUCCAGUACCCCCAAAGGACAAUUCAGAGAACAAGGACCAAGAGAAAAAUACACCGGAAUUAAUCAUUACAGCAGUCCCAGACCCUAAAGUAGACACAAAACCGGACAAUGAAAUAAAAGAGCUGACCGACAACAUCAAAUUGGAAGUUACUGUCAUCAGCCCACAAGUUGUCAUUCCCAUAUUGGUCAUUGCCUGUGACAGAGUGACCGUGAAAAGGAGUCUUGACAAAUUGAUCCAAUACCGCACCUCUGCAGAACUCUACCCAAUCAUAGUUAGUCAGGACUGUGGCCAUGCUGAGACAGCCCGCGUGAUUGGCUCAUAUGGCAGUCAGGUGACCCUCAUUAGCCAACCAGACCUCUCGGACAUCCUGGUACGGCCGGAGCACAGGAAGUUCCAGGGCUACUAUAAGAUUGCCAGACACUACCGCUGGGCCCUCAACCAGGUGUUCAACACUCUCUCUUACUCCAGUGUGGUGAUCGUUGAAGAUGACUUGGAGGUGGCCCCAGACUUCUUUGAGUACUUCCGUGCCCUCCACCCCAUCUUGACCUCUGACCCCACCCUGUGGUGUGUGUCUGCCUGGAACGACAACGGCAGGGAGGGGCUGGUGGACCCUGGGAAGGCGGACCUCCUCUACAGGACAGACUUCUUCCCUGGGCUGGGCUGGAUGCUGUUGAAGGACGUCUGGGACGAACUAGAACCCAAGUGGCCCGCAGCCUUCUGGGACGACUGGAUGCGUCACCCUGAGCAGCGUAAGGAGCGCUCCUGCAUCCGCCCAGAGAUCUCCAGAACUAUAACCUUCGGACGCAAGGGUGUCAGCUUGGGUCAGUUCUUCGACCAGUACCUGCGCUACAUUAUACUCAACACUGACUUUGUGCCUUUCACCAAACAGGAUCUGUCUUACUUGAUGAAGGAGAACUUUGACGUGAACUUUGUGAAGCAGGUUUACAGCGCCCCCCUAAUUAAGGUGGAGGAGCUACAGCAAGGGGGCGGUUUGAGUGGAACAGGUCCGUACCGGGUGCAAUAUUCCAGCCGGGACAGUUUUAAGGUUCUGGCCCGACACUUAGGGGUGAUGGAUGACUUGAAAUCGGGGGUUCCCCGUGCGGGUUACAGGGGCGUGGUCAGCUUCCUGUCCCGUGGACGACGGGUCUUCUUGACCCCACCUGAGGGAUGGACAAAGUACGACGUCAGCUGGAGCUGAGAGGUUUGGACAGGACGUAGUGCGAGACAGACAGACAGACAGACUUGACAGAGAGGAACACCCUCUCUAACCAAAGAAAACAAAAACAAGGUCACAUGAAGGAACUGAAGCUAAACAAAACAGACAGGCUUGGUGGGUAAAGGAACUGGAUAUAUGAUAGAAGUAGGGUGGGUGGAGGAGAGGAGUAACGCCUUGUUUUAGGAGUGAACCUGAAUGCAGUGUGACACAGGGCAACACCCAGGGAGUGAAACCACGUAGUAAGUCUCAAAGAAAGAAAGAAAGAAAGAACCAUUUAAUGUUUGGUUGUUCUCCUGCUCGAGCUGGAAAGGUUUACGGUAGGGGUGUCAAACUCAUUCCAUGGAGGGCCGAGUGUCCGCUGGUUUUUGGUGUUUUCCUUCUAAUUAAGACCUAGACAACCAGGUGUGGGGAGUUCCUUACUAAUCAGUGAUCUGAAUUCCUCAAUCAAGGACAAAGAAGGAGCGAAAACCCGCAGACACUCGGCCCUCUGUGGAAUGAGUUUGACACGUGGUUCACGGUUUGCUUCAACGUGAUGUCUUAAAACGUCAGUUUGAUUACAUGGAUUUGGAGGCCUCAGACUUGCUUUUUGUGUUGUUCCGUGUCACCCGAUCUUAAAGGGGAGGCGAAACCCCUCUGCUUAAGUCCAAAAUGGCACCCUUUUCCCCAUUUUAGUGCCCUACUUUUGACCAGGAACCAUAGGGCUCUGGUCAAAAGUAGUGCACUAUAUAGGGAGCCAUUUGGGACGGCCUCUGUCUACUUUAAAAUAACUUGCAGUAUUCCACGCAAAGUCAAUGAAUGAGGUCAAAAUAUUAGUUACUGGUAUUAAACUUUUCUCAUAAAUAUAUAAUUAGAUUUAUUCAUAAAAUGAAAAAGUACAAAUACUAUUUUGGGAAUGAUGUAGCUCUUGUAAAUUGGUUUAUAAAGAGAUGAUCCUACAAAUAAAUGAUCAGAGAUUCAUACAUCGCCAUGCAGCGGGCCAGUUUAACACAUUGUGUGUGACAUUCUGUUGUCUGUAUCCCAAAUGGCAUCCUAUUCCCUAUAUAGUGCACUACCUUUGACCAGAACCCUAUGGGCCAUGGUCAAAAGAAGUGCACUGUAAAGGGAAGUGUGCCAUUUGGGACGGUACUACACUUAAGCCGUUUUCCAAAUUAAUGGUCGGUUGUAAUUCCAUGACAUUCAAAUGGUGGUCUUCUACAGUUAGGUUUGUUGAAAAACCAAUGAUUACGAUUGUUUACAUGUUUGUUUUUUCUUGAUUUACAUGAUUGGUGUAACUGGGUGAUGCAUGAAGAAAAUGGUGAUUUUAUUAAUGUACUGGAUUUAGUUCUGGGGUGAUUGAUUGUCUGGAAGAUUGAUUCAUAUGUCUUUAUGGUGAUGUGUAAAAACCACUGCCUGACAUGUUUAGAACUUGAAUACGUUGCAAAUUAAAACUGACUAUUUUGA